AUGAAGGAGGUAAUCCACUGGUCAUCCAAGGAGGUUGCUGACUGGUUAACCAACAGAGGUCUACCGGAAUACUUGGAGACCUUUAAAUCCCUUAAUGGCCAAGGUUUGCUCAGGUUAAGAGAAGAUGACUUUCACAAGCCACCGCUGUCCCUUGUCUCUUCUGAUAAUGGAAGGCAGCUGCUGGAGAUGAUAGAAACACUUAAAAUUGAACAUCACAUAGAGGUACACAAAAUGGACAUGCAAACGGACAUAUUUACACCAAAGCUGAGAUCAAUUCGAACGAUCAUGCUUUCACCAGCAAAGCCAAGAAGAAUGGCAUGCCAAAUGGAAUCCGCAAGGAAAUGGUACAAAUUCCUAUGCCUGAGGUGGACCGUUCUCUGUCUUUUCCUGAUGAGUGGAGUAAAACCCUUGUAGCCUUCCUCUAUGCACUUUGCUGUUUUAUGUUCACUACAGUGAUGAUUUCUGUUGUCCAUGAACGUGUGCCUUCCAAGACAGAUGAAGGUCCCCUUCCGGAUGUAUUUUUUGAUCAUUUUGACAGGGUUGCAUGGGCUUUCUCAAUUUGUGAGAUUAAUGGAAUGAUCCUAGUGGCACUCUGGAUUCUCCAGUGGCUAUUCCUAAAGUACAAAUCCAUAGUUGGCCGAAGAUUUUUUUGUAUAGUUGGUACUCUGUACUUGUAUCGAUGUAUAACUAUGUAUGUUACUACACUGCCAGUUCCUGGAAUGCAUUUCAACUGUUCUCCAAAGAUUUUUGGUAACUGGGAAGCCCAGUCCCGGAGGAUAAUGAAGUUGAUUGCAGGAGGAGGACUUUCUAUUACAGGAUCUCACACUAUGUGUGGGGACUAUUUGUACAGUGGCCACACAGUCAUGUUAACACUGACAUACAUGUUUAUUAAAGAGUAUUCAUCUCGACGCCUCUGGUGGUAUCACUGGAUCUGCUGGUGUCUCAGCGUUGUCGGGGUCUUCUGUAUUCUUCUGGCACAUGACCACUAUACUGUGGAUGUUGUUGUUGCUUAUUACAUCACUUCCAGGUGUUUCUGGUGGUAUCACACUAUGGCCAACCAACAGGUGCUGAAAGAUGCUUCUGCUCUCCAUCAAACCUCCUUUCAAGGGUGUGGUGGUACAGACCUUUCCAGUACUUUGAGAGGAAUGUUCAUGGUGUUGUACCCCGUUCCUAUCAUUGGCCCAUACCUUGGCCUUUGUUUUUUUCUAGGCAAGUGAAGUACAGUAGACUGGUCAACGUGGCAUAA